CGGAAGGGGCGCGUGCGGCGGGAGCGGGGCCCGGGCCGGGCCGCGCAGCCAUGGCCGGGAUCCUCUUCGAGGACAUCUUCGACGUGAAGGACAUCGACCCCGAGGGCAAGAAGUUCGACCGCGUGUCCCGCCUGCACUGUGAGAGUGAGUCUUUCAAGAUGGACCUCAUCCUGGAUGUGAACAUCCAGAUCUACCCAGUGGACCUCGGGGACAAGUUCCGGCUGGUCAUCGCCAGCACCCUGUAUGAAGACGGCACCCUGGACGACGGCGAGUAUAACCCCACGGACGACAGGCCCUCCAGGGCAGACCAGUUUGAGUAUGUGAUGUACGGCAAGGUGUACCGGAUUGAGGGGGAUGAGACCUCCACCGAAGCAGCCACACGCCUCUCUGCCUACGUGUCCUAUGGGGGGCUGCUCAUGCGGCUGCAGGGAGAUGCAAACAACCUACAUGGGUUUGAAGUGGACUCUCGGGUUUACUUGCUGAUGAAGAAGCUGGCCUUCUAGGAGACCUGCCUCCCAGGGCUGCCCCAGAGACAUUCUCCUGGUGAGCAGACAGCCCUAUGACCCCAGAUCCUGCCUCAGCACCCCUCCUGCCCAGCUGUUCCAGAGCAGGGGGAGAAAGGGGCAGUCUCCAUCCUCAUCCCAGCCUCUUCUGACUCCUGCUGGGAUCCACAGCUGCUUCCUGCAUGGAGAGAGGUGCCUGACAGCGAGUGGAGACCAUGCUGUGCGUCUCCUCCCACCUCUGCCUUCAAAAGCAGGCACAUCCCCGGCACCAGGCUGGCACAGCUGGACUGGGACACCUGCUGGCCUGCCUUGGGCCUGGGAACCACUUCCUAAGGAUCUACCUUGAGGCCAGCUGGGCCUGUUCUUGAUUAAAUUGGGAUAUUGUUUUCUA